UCUCUUGAGAAAAAGAACAAACGAUGUGGGUGAUUGGAACAUGCGUGUUGGCAUUGGCCAUCGCAUGGCUCGGUCACUGGGUUUACAGAUGGAGGAACCCUAAAUGCAAUGGCGUUCUUCCUCCCGGUUCUCUCGGGCUUCCUCUCAUUGGCGAGACCCUCCAGUUGAUGGUCCCUGGCGACUCUUUGGACCUCAUUCCUUUCCUCAAGGACAGAAUUCAAAGGUACGGGACAACAUUUCGAACAAGCGUGGCUGGUCGGACGAUAAUAGUAUCAGCCGAUCCGAAAUUUUGCCACUUCGUCCUUCAACAGCACGGCAAACUGUUCGAGUCAUGGGCCCUAGACACAUUUGCAAAGCUCUUUGCACAAGAAGGCAAGGCGAGCCUCAAUGUCACAGACGUUCACAAAUAUGUCCGAGGCACAGUCCUAAAGCACUUCGGCAUGGAGGCCCUGAAGGAGAGGCUGUUUCCUUUGAUGGAACGACAAGUGUCGUAA